GCGCGGGCGGCCGGGGCAGUCCCGCAGCCAGCGAGCCGGGCGCGCAGCCGCCCACUUGCGCUGUGCCCGCCCCAGCCGAACCCGGCCCCGGCGGGAGCCGAACGGAGAGCGGGGAUCGCGAGCCCCGGCCAGAGCGAGCGCGCGCGGCUGCCGCCGAGUCGGCACCUGGAGGACAUGGAGGCUGACAAAGGUGUGAAGGCUGAGGAAGAAAGCAUUUAUCUGUGCCACUCCGGGCUCACUCACUUGAGACUUAACACAAUUCUCAUGGAGAGGCCGGCAGAGACCAACGCCAAUGUGGACGACUCGGCGCCCCCCUCGGUGGCCCAGCUGGCCGGGCGAUUCAGGGAGCAGGCAGCUGCCGCAAAGGAGACACCAGCCAGUAAACCAACAAGAAGGAAACCGCCCUGCUCCCUCUCUCUGUUCCCUCCCAGGGUAGAGCUGGGCCAGAACGGUGAAGAGAAGUCACCGCCCAAUGCAAACCACCCUCCUAAAGUCAAGGUGAAGAGCUCGCCUCUGAUCGAGAAGCUCCAGGCCAAUUUAGUCUUUGAUCCAGCGGCCCUGCUGCCUGGGGCCUCACCCAAGAGUCCUGGACUCAAGACCAUGGUGUCACCGUUUCACAGCCCGCCUUCUACCCCCAGCAGCCCUGGCGUGCGGUCUCGGGCCAGCGAGCCAGAGGAGGUGCCCGUCAGCUUUGACCAGCCUCCUGAAGGCAGUCAUCUGCCCUCUUACAAUAAGGUGCGGACAAGGGGCUCCAUAAAAAGGCGCCCUCCCUCCAGGCGAUUCCGAAGGUCCCAGUCGGAGGACUGUGCGGACCUGGGGGAGCUCAGGGCCGUGGAGUCCUCCCAGGAGAAUGGUGCCAAGGAAGAGAAUGGGGACGAGGUGUUCCUAGCUAAGAGCAAGACCCCAGGAUCCCCUCCUCUGAGGAGGACGCCCAGCAGGACAGAGAAGCAGGAGGAGAAGGGCAGGGCCUUGAGGGUAGCCCAGCAGCACGAAAAGGCCGUGGGGAGCUCCGAGGAGGGGGCCAGCCAGCAUCCAGCCCGAGCCUCCAGCCCAGAGGCAGAGGACGGGGGUGGGAGCCCCACGGAGGAGAAAACGGCUGAGGAGCAGACGCCAGAGCCUGCGGAGGUGAAGGAGAGGGCGGCCGGUGAAGAGGCGGAGCCCGGACAAAGGAGCCGAGAUACAAAGGGGCUGGAGGAGGGAGCUGUGGGGGACGAGACCCCCCAAAACCCCCCUGGAGGAGGCGAGGGCGACCACAGUCCUGAGCAGGGGGCUGGCAAGGAAAAACACGAUGAGGGGACCAUCCUCGAGCCAGGCUGUGACCCUGGCACUGGCCACGCCCAGCCGGACGCCAGCAGUGAGGUCCCCAAGACGGAGGAUAAUACCCCUGUCCAGGACACUAAAAUGUGAAGAAGAUCUCACUGUGCCUAGUGAUGAAGCUGCUGGAGCCGUGUCCUUGAAGUAGCAGCAAUGAUCGUAGCGGCAGCAAAGGAAGCCAUCGCAGGAGCAGGAUGGGCUGAGGGUCUGGAGUCAGCCUGAGGACACAGGGUGCAAUUUCCCGACCUCCGCCCCAUCGUAGACAGAGAUUGGAUCUGAGGGCAGCAGACUUUUAUCAACUUGAUCAAAGUUGUGUCACUUGAUGAACUUGGUUUAAAAAAAAAACAAAAAAACAUUUAAAACAAUUUACUGUGGUGACAACUCCCCAGGGAUGCUGGUCAAACUAUGGGGCCCAUAUACUGUCCACACCCACCUAACCCUAUAGCUGACCUCAGAACUGGACUGGGAUAUACCUAUUCGGCUUGUGUUUGUGUAAGGUGACAGCCUUUUUAUUGUUCUUAAGUUUUCAUGAUUCUCAAGUGUAAGUAAAAACUCAUUGCAAGUAGCUAGAAACAAAGUAGUAUCACUGGAAAUAUAAAUCCUGUAAGUUACAGAAGACCUUAAAUUGUAUGGAGACCCUGAGACAAACUUUCAGCUUGGUCCAAAUUUGACUGGCCAACCAAUUUUGAAAACAUUGGACGAGAAGAGAUAAUUAUUGAAACAUUAAAAAAUAUGUGUCUGUUCCAGCAACAGGAGCUUUUCCAUCAGGUAAUUCUCUAGCUGGUGAUACACUGGGAGGCGACCAGCUCAGCUCACCUGCUUCUGCCAGGGGGAGAGCAGGCAGAGGCAGGCAACAACUCCUUUGGAGAGGCACGAUGUCUCUGUGCUGCAUUUCCUCAUCCUGAAAGCAGAGCGGUGACCCCUGGACAAUGCCUGCCCUCUGGUUUAUCCUGGGAGGAUGAAAUUUGUGCUUCCAGAGGGGGAGCCUCGAGCAUGGAUUAGACAUCUCCUGGGAAGUGGUUUGAGCAUCGUGAUGUGCAAGCUACGUAAUGAGAACAUCCUUCCUGGCUUCCCUGACUUGAAUGGAAACCCAGGCUCUCCUCCCCGACUCAGGAGGGGUGGGGUGGGUCUUCUGUCUGUUCCUCCUGGGUAGCUCUUGCUUUAUCGGUCUGUUUGGAGAGUGCAUGCGGCUUCGCCGGGGACAGGGGGCCUGACGACCCCUUCCUUGACAUAUCCUCUCCCCUCUUCCCACACUCCUGCUGAAAGAUGCUCGUCCAAAUAAAUGUUUAAUCUUAAGGGUUGGCCCUUAUUCAGAUUUGAGUAUUUCAGUAUCUCAACAUGCUGAUUUGGUAGUUGGAGCAGUCGUUUUUUCUGGAGGUCUCUUAGACCACACUCUACUCUGACUUCAGAAAGUAGUUUCCCAGACUAAAAGGCCUUAUCUCACUGCUGGUACCUCAGUUUAUCACCCCAUUUACAGUUUUUCUAACUCCAGGAUAGUGUUAAUAUUGGGGAUAUAUAUUUUUUCAAAAACUAUUUUUAAGUCAAAUGCAGCUUCUAAGCCUUAUAAUCUAGUGAAGACUGAUACCAUAAUAAGCUUUGUAUUUUAGCAGAGUUUGGGAGAUAUGUGUGUCAGUUAUUUUGAGAUCUGUAUAAUAUCUAUCAUCUAUCUAAUCUAUCAUCUAUCUGUCUAUUGACAGAGAUGUAUACCCCCUAAACAAUACAUGGAUUUAUUUAUGUAUGUCUUUGGGUUGUUUAUAUACUCAUGCACAUAUCUGGGCAAGAGUUUUGAGAAUGUGAGCAUGACUGUGCAAUGAAAGGGGGAAAUCUGCCACUUCUCUUACUAGAAAAAGGAAUGGGACAGAUGGGAUGUAGAUGUAAAAAUAAAACUCUAUUUUUCUUCUGGAGGGUCCAUACCUUACAGUAGCAGAUGAAGAAGGAGCAAUCAAAAAUAAGAAUGUGACACUGAAGGAGCAUGCGUGACGGUGUCCAAAAAUCUCCCCAGUUCCCUAUUAGUUACAUUAUUUGAUCUAUUUUGUGAGAACACAAAGACCCCACCGCAGGCAUUGUUAUUAGUGAUGGGGUUCUUGGUGGGGAAUUCAUGAAGCGAAGGCAGAACCCGUUCCCUGUGGGCGCUGCAAGCUGGCUGUUUAAUGCUCUCCUUUCUCGAAGUGACCAUGAUUCAGCAUUGCAACGCCAUGGUUGAGACUGGGAUUUCACACUGGGGAUUAAAGAAAUCCAUGUGUGUCUUAGGUGGCACAGAGUCAUCACCAGGCCAGGAAGACUUUCGUCAGGAUUCCUUAAUAGGCUUGAAGGAAAACACUGAUUCUUCACAGCUACAAGGCUGAAGAGAAGAAUCAGAAUCAUUCUUCCACUACCUUUGUAAUCUAGCUUGAAUAUUAAACUGUGUCCUUCCUUUCUCCAGAGAGGGAGCAAGAAGAAAACUUGAAUGCUUUGAAGAAAUAUGCCAAUAUUGAAAAGGGGGCUGCAUGUGAAACUGGGUAACCAGAUAUGGCCAUGAGGAGCCCAGGGGCCUCAGAAUUCCACUCUCCUCCCUGAGGUCACCCUCAACAGGACCCUGUUUGCCAGACCAAUUUUGGCCUGUGACCCAGCUGACUAGUCACGCCAUAAAAUGUCAGAUAAGGGAAUAAAGGAGUGGACAGACAACCAGCUCAUCAUCAUCUUUUGAUUCGGUACUCUUGGGAAUGUAAAACUUUAAUACAGUUGAAUGAAUGAGGACCUUCAGUUGCUAAUGAAAGGAACCCAACUCAAACAGGCUGAUGCAAAACAGCUAUAUCUAUGAGUCUCCCUCUCUCUCUUUCUCUGUCUGUCUGUCCCUCCCUCCUUCUAUACACUGAGUAAUAUGUUUUGACAAUCCAUGGACAGACCUGAAUACAAUCACUUAAGCAAUGUCA